AUGACUGGAAAUCAGAAUCCCGGAAAUUUUGCCAACCGCCCUAAGGACGAGGUCCAGGAGAUCGUAUCGAAAGGAGGGCAGGCGAGUCAUUCAAGUGGCUUUGCCACUAUGGAUCCUGAUAAGCAGAGAGACAUUGCCUCGCAAGGAGGUCAGGCAUCGUCCGGGUCGUUUGAACCUGGAAGCGAGAAGGCAAAGGAGGCUGGCAGGAUGGGAGGGCUAAAUUACGCCGGCGACAGCGAGGAAGAUAUUUGGUAA